AUGGCGUUGGAUCUCGGAGGAAAUAAAAAGAAGCCUAAUGAUAAGAGUAAAUAUUCUAUAGUAGAAUUAUCCUUGUUCAAGCCCGGUAAAAAGAAAUACUCCGAAUUUGAUUACGAAGAAAUCAGGAAAAAACAACUGAAAGAAGACGACUCCAGUGGUGACGAUGAACGGUUUCAUGACAGAGAAGCGCUGGAGAUAGUGAAACGAUUAGAGGCCAAAUAUGGUGGUAAAAAGAAUAAGAAGGGUCGGAAGCUCUGUUUUGGUACCGAGGACGAUUAUAUGGAUAAGAGAGCAGGCUAUGACUUGGAGGACGACUUCAUUGAUGACUCAGAAGCGUACGAUGAACUCAUACCUUCCACAAUGGACACCGUUCAAGGAGGGUUCUAUGUGAAUCGUGGAAAAUUGGAAUUCAAGACCAAGCACGAUGAAGUGAAUGAUUCGGAUAUUUCUGACGCAGAUGAUGCUCAGCCACACAAGAAAGGCACAAAACGGCCCCAAAUAUCGAGUGAUGAUGAUGUGGAGGUUGUUGAAGACCCUGCUGUAGCUCCAACAUCGAGUACAAGUGUGGCCAAGACAAUCAGUGAGCCUCCUGCUCCGGUUCCUGCCGCCCCUAAGCCUCGAAUGGUCGGGGCUCCACCUACGAAAGUUCGGAGAAUGACGCUGGGUGAAUCUCCUAAUCAACGUGCCGCAAAUGCCAUUAAGAAGCGUCUUGUAGGAAUGCCUCCAACUUUGCUGAAGAGGAAAGUCCUUCAAACAGCCGUUGCUCGUAAAGAAAAUGAAAUGAGCGACUUUCUUCGAACCAUGGCAGGUGGGCCUAUACCUUCACCCGAGGAUGAUCUUGAAUUAAUCGCUUCUACAUCGACUCUGCCUCCUGCUCCUCCUAAAAACAAGGUACUUUCAAGAAUUCUUAAUCUGCAAAUGGUAUAG